AUGCCGCGCGCCUUCUAUAACCAAGCUGGCCCCGUUACCAAUGUCGCCACAAUCGACACGGGUGGCUUACAGGAUAGAGUUGCAAUUAUUACUGGAGGCUGCAGUGGGUUGGGCUAUGGUUAUGCAAAAGCCCUCGUCGCGGCAGGAUGUUAUGUUGUGCUCGCGGAUCUGAGGCCACCGCCGGAGCCCUUUGAAGAAACACAAGCAAUCUUCGUGCAAUGCGACGUGACGAUCUGGGAACAGCAGCGUGCUGUUUUUGAGACUGCGACUCGGCGAUCCUCUACCGGCAAGAUCGAUAUUGUCAUAGCCAACGCAGGCAUCGCCGGCCCUGAUGUUCUAUCCGGUAACCGGAAUCCCCCAUUUGUCAGGACGUAG